AUGGAUGGCGAGUACGAUGCCAUUGUUCUUGGGACUGGUCUCAAGGAGUGCAUCAUCUCCGGCAUCCUGUCUGUGGACGGUAAGAAGGUGCUGCACAUGGAUAGGAACGACUACUAUGGAGGAGAGUCGGCGUCGAUCAAUCUUAACCAGCUGUUCCAGCGCUUUGGAGCUCAGCCGAAUCCUGCUCUCGGAAACAGCAGGGACUUCAACAUUGACCUCGCCCCCAAAUUCAUCAUGGCAAACGGCAAGCUUGUCAAGAUGCUGAUCAUGACCAACGUCAAUCGCUACCUCGAGUUCAAACAGGUCGAUGGUAGCUACGUGCUCAAGGAUGGAAAGAUCAACAAGGUUCCUGCAACCGGCACUGAGGCUGCUUCAACGCCGCUGGUUGGGUUCUUCGAAAAGAAUCGUUUGCGCAAGUUCUUGGUCUUCGUGCAGGACUUUGAUCGCAACGAACCAAAGACACAUCAGGGACAUAACCUUCAGCGAAUGACGAGCCAGGAGUUGUUUAGUAAGUUUGGAUUGGAGAAAGGGACUGUAGAUUUCAUUGGACACGCCCUUGCUCUCUACGACAAUGAUGGAUAUUUGACAAGACCCGCGGAGGAGAUGGUGGAGCGAUGCAAGCUUUAUGGCGAGUCGCUUGCUCGCUACGGCAAGUCGCCCUAUUUGUAUCCCCUCUACGGUCUGGGAGAGCUGCCGCAGGCGUUCGCUCGCCUGGCGGCCGUUUAUGGAGGCACUUAUAUGCUGCACAAGCCCAUCGAGAGGAUCGUCUACAACUCGGCGGGAGAAGCUUGCGGUGUGGUGUCCAUGAACGAGGAAGGAAAGCCGGCCUUUGCCAAGUGCAAGUUCAUCGUAGCCGACCCGACAUACUUCCCUGAUCAGUGCAGAGUGACGGAGAAGGUUGUCAGAUGCAUCGCCAUCUUGUCGCAUCCGAUCACACCAGGGUCGGAGCCUUCAGCUCAGAUCAUUCUCCCGCAGAAUCAGAUCGGCAGGACGCAUGACGUGUACGUGUUCUGCGUCUCCGCGAGCCACAUGGUGGCGGCUGAGGGCAAGUACAUCGCGUUCGUCUCGACCAUCACCAACGUCGCGAGCGAGGAGCUGAAGGAUGGUCUCAAGAUCCUCGGCAAAGUUGACUCCUUCUUCUUCGACGUCUACGAUAUCAAGGUCCCGAACAAGCUCGGCCAUGAGGACAAGUGCUACAUCUCGAAAUCUUACGAUGCGAGCAGCCACUUCGAGCACACGUCCGACGAUGUCAUGGACAUCUACGAGCGGAUUUACGGAAAGCCUCUCGACCUCUCCAAGACGAUGGUGAACUUAAACCCGGACGAGUGAAGGCGAGCAGAGGAAGCAGCGUAGCAGGUUGCCGUGAGGUUCUUAAUGAAUUUUCUCGACCGAUUUGCCGCGUUUUUCUUCUCUCGCUGACUCGGAGUCACUGACCGCCUGGGCUGUGCGGGCCUCCGAGCGGUGCCGCGGGUCCGCUGAUUCAGUUCACUGCCCCCACUGCCAGGCCCGGCGGCUGGCUGCGGCGCCGGGUCGCCGCAGUACGACUCACUGCAAGCGAGACGGGCCCGGCCGGCCCGCGGGCCCGGCCCGCUGGGUGCGCAGCGGCUGGGCCUGGACCACUGGGCCUGGCGUGCGGGAGAUGAGAUGAGGGAGAUGAGUCUUGCACGAGCGAAGUUGCGUCCCCCCAUGCAGAAAGUGAGCGAACAAGAUGAUUGGGGGCCAUGGCGGCUCAGCGAGGAGAGGAGGAGAGAGUGAUAG